CGGCCGGGUUAGCGUCUGUGAGUCACUCCCGCGGCGCGCCAGCAGAGGUACGGAGUGCGGGGCUGCGCCGGGGAGCUGUGGGCUCACCUAUGGGACUUUCCAAAAGCAAACACAAACCUAGGAAAGGUGAGGAGCAAAAGGGGCGCGUCUAUUCAGUUCCCAAGGCCAAGGAAAGGCCGACGGGCAGGCAUUCUCAAGAGUCUGAGAAGCCUCCGGACACUAAGCCUGCAGAGAGCCUCCAUGGAAAGAGAGGGGCAGCCAAGCGGCAGUGGCCUUCAUCUGAAGUCGAAGAGAAACCUGAUGUAAAGGUAAACUCGAGCAAGAAGAAAGCUGUCAUUCCACAGAUCAUCAUCACUAAAGCCUCACAAGAGACUCUAACCAGCUACGGUUCCAUCAGAAGUGAAGAGCAGAGAACCAUUCAGGAGCAGGCUGAAUGGGGCCCCUACUACCGACACAGAAACCCUAGCACAGUAGACGCCUAUGGUUUACGAGAAUAAACAAGUGCCCCGAGGAGCUGUCGUUUUUCACUGUGCUGAGUCUCAGCGAUGACGGCAGAAGGGCCACCUGCCCUGUGAGAAGCUGCAGCUGCCCCUUCGGGAAAUGAGGUCCCCCAGUGACCACCUCGGGCUCACCUGCCCCAGAGCUCUGGCAGCUUGGCAGAGGGCAAGAGUGCCUCUGGCCCAGAGAGUGAACUUUGCGGCAACGAGCGAAUCAGUAACCCUCUGGUGUCACUGCCGGUGCAGGGUGAUGAACGAAUGGCAGGCAGCAUAUCCCAGUCUCUUGCUGGGCAAUUUAAAAUCCUUCCCGUCCAUUUCCGAAGGGGUGUGGCAUAAGUACUCGGCAGUUACGGUGAAUGGGACGUCCCCCACACUUGGACAAAAGGUUGGACUCUGAGGACUCCACUUUAAGGUGUCACGUCCCAGAACAGGGACGUGCACAGUCACCCUGCGGGGCCCACGGGCUCCGAGCUUGACUGUAAGCUGAUGCCGAGUAUUAAAGGAUCCAGAAGAAGAAUGUGGAAUUGGGGUGGGGGCACCCAUGGCACGUAGAACUUGGGCAGUGGCCUUGCCAGAGCUGCCAUGGGACGGGGGGAGGGGUGCUGACAACGUCCCCUCUUUCUGGCUGUGCAUGAGGGGUCCCAACAGGAGGGGCUGUUCAGGGAAGCCCUGCUGGCGUUCCCUCACAACUGGCAGCUCACGGGUCAGGCUCCACUCUCCUCCAGAGUGGCUGGAGGGAACACCCUGCCCUGUCUGGUCCGACAAAUUUAGUCUCGUAACAGUAUGUGUUUGUCUCCUUGGUUGCUAGAACGGUCAGCAGGCUUUACACUUGGUCUUUAUGUCUCUAUCAAAGAUUUUAUGUUUCAAGCAACCUCUACACCCAGUGUGGGGCUCAACCCCACAACCCCGAGAUCAAGAAUUGCACGCUUCACCUACUGAGCCAGCCAAGCACCCCUGUGUCUCUGUGUGUUGAUGAGAAUCAUACCCCUUUAGUAUUAAAUACUACAAUUGACUUCCAGUUUCAGUAUAAACCCCAACAUAAUAAGUCUCAUACUGACAUUGUUCAACAACACAUUAUUAACAUCAUUACUUGUAUUCAUUCAAUACGUUUACUUACGCAUCCUGUCACAACUAAGUGUGUGUGCAGAAGAAUCAAGCCCAUGCAAAUGUGGACUUGACCGCACUGGGUCAGCACACCUACCUUCUCCCUAAAAUUUCUAGUACCCAAUAAUUUCUAUUUAAGGAGCGCCUGGGUGGCUCAGUCGGUCAAGCGUCCAACUUCGGCUCAGGUCAUGAUCUUGACGGUCUGUGGGUUCAAGCCCCACGUCCGGCUCGGUGCGGACAGCUCAGAGCCUGGAACCUGCUUCAGAUGCUGUGCUUCCCUCUCUCACCGCACCCUCCCCACUUCCGCUCACACUGUUUCUCUCUCAAAAAUAAACAUUAAAAAUUAAAAAAAAAAUCUA